CUGCGGCUUCGGCCCGGCUCGCACCCGGGACCGCGCCCCCGACCCCCACCCCCGACCCCGACCCCCCUAUGGGCCCCGGCUAGCGCCCCGCGGAGCCCCGAUGCUGGCCCGGAGGAAGCCGGUGCUGCCGGCGCUCACCAUCAACCCCGCCAUCGCCGAGGGCCCGUCCCCCACGAGCGACGGCGCCUCCGAGGCGAGCCUGGCGGACCUGCAGAAGAAGCUGGAGGAGCUGGAGCUGGACGAGCAGCAGAAGAAGCGGCUGGAGGCCUUCCUCACGCAGAAGGCCAAGGUCGGCGAGCUCAAGGAUGACGACUUCGAGCGCAUCUCCGAGCUGGGCGCGGGCAACGGGGGCGUGGUCACCAAGGUCCAGCACCGGCCCUCCGGCCUCAUCAUGGCCCGCAAGCUGAUCCACCUGGAGAUCAAGCCGGCCAUCCGCAACCAGAUCAUCCGCGAGCUGCAGGUGCUGCACGAGUGCAACUCGCCCUACAUCGUGGGCUUCUACGGUGCCUUCUACAGUGAUGGCGAGAUCAGCAUCUGCAUGGAGCACAUGGACGGCGGCUCCCUGGAUCAGGUGCUGAAGGAGGCCAAGAGAGUCCCCGAGGAGAUCCUGGGCAAAGUCAGCAUCGCGGUCCUCCGAGGCUUGGCCUACCUUCGAGAGAAGCACCAGAUCAUGCACCGAGACGUGAAGCCGUCCAACAUCCUGGUCAACUCUCGAGGCGAGAUCAAGCUGUGUGACUUCGGGGUCAGCGGCCAGCUCAUCGACUCCAUGGCCAACUCCUUCGUAGGGACCCGCUCCUACAUGUCGCCGGAGCGACUGCAAGGCACACACUACUCCGUGCAGUCGGACAUCUGGAGUAUGGGGCUGUCCCUGGUGGAGCUGUCCCUGGGCCGCUACCCCAUCCCGCCGCCUGACGCCAAGGAGCUGGAGGCCGUGUUCGGCCGGCCCGUGGGGGACGGGGCCGAGGGGGAGCCCCACAGUGUGUCACCGCGCCCCCGGCCACCUGGGCGCCCUGUCAGUGGGCACGGCGCGGACAGCCGGCCAGCCAUGGCCAUCUUCGAGCUGCUGGACUACAUCGUGAAUGAGCCGCCCCCCAAGCUGCCCAGCGGAGUGUUCACCCAGGACUUCCAGGAGUUUGUAAAUAAAUGCCUCAUCAAGAACCCUGCAGAGCGAGCCGACCUCAAGCUGCUCAUGAACCACGCCUUCAUCAAGCGCUCAGAGGCGGAGGAGGUGGACUUCGCGGGCUGGCUGUGCGCCACGCUGCGUCUCCACCAGCCCAGCACCCCCACCCGCAGUGCCGUGUGACGCCGCGGCUGCAAGACGCACCCCCUGCGUGCCCCAGACCCCCAAGAAAACAAAACAGAAAGAAAACGGAA